AUGACCCUCCCAGAAGAGAAAGAAUAUACAACAUUUUGCAUAUUUAGCGCAGUGGGCAAGACCCUCACAGAAAAAAACGAAUAUACAACAUUUUGCAUAUUUAUCGCAGUGGGCAAGACCCUCCCAGAAGAGAAAGAAUAUACAACAUUUUGCAUAUUUAGCGCAGUGGGCAAGACCCUCCCAGAAGAGAAAGAAUUUACAACAUUUUGCAUAUUUAUCGCAGUGGGCAAGACCCUCCCAAGAAGAAAAAGAAUAUACAACAUUUUGCAUAUUUAUCGCAGUGGGCAAGACCCUCCCAGAAGAGAAAAAAUAUACAACAUUUUGCAUAUUUAUCGCAGUGGGCAUGACCCCCCAGAAGAAAAGAAUAUACAACAUUUUGCAUAUUUAGCGCAUUGGGCAAGACCCUCCCAGAAGAGAAAAGAAUUUACAACAUUUUGCAUAUUUAGCGCAGUGGGCAAGACCCUCCCAGAAGAGAAAGAAUAUACAACAUUUUGCAUAUUUAGCGCAGUGGGCAAGACCCUCCCAGAAGAGAAAGAAUUUACAACAUUUUGCAUAUUUAUCGCAGUGGGCAAGACCCUCCCAGAAGAGAAAGAAUAUACAACAUUUUGCAUAUUUAGCGCAGUGGGCAUGACCCUCCCAGAAGAGAAAGAAUAUACAACAUUUUGCAUAUUUAUCGCUGUGGGCAAGACCCUCCCAGAAGAGAAAGAAUAUACAACAUUUUGCAUAUUUAGCGCAGUGGGCAAGACCCUCACAGAAGAGAAAGAAUUUACAACAUUUUGCAUAUUUAGCGCAGUGGGCAAGACCCUCCCAGAAGAGAAAGAAUAUACAACAUUUUGCAUAUUUAGCGCAGUGGGCAAGACCCUCCCAGAAGAGAAAGAAUAUACAAUAUUUUGCAUAUUUAUCGCAGUGGGCAAGACCCUCCCAGAAGAGAAAGAAUAUACAACAUUUUGCAUAUUUAUCGCAGUGGGCAAGACCCUCCCAGAAGAGAAAGAAUAUACAACAUUUUGCAUAUUUAUCGCAGUGGGCAAGACCCUCCCAGAAGAGAAAGAAUAUACAACAUUUUGCAUAUCUAGCGCAGUGGGCAAGACCUUCCCAGAAGAGAAAGAAUAUACAAUAUUUUGCAUAUAUAUCGCAGUGGGCAAGACCCUCCCAGAAGAGAAAGAAUAUACAACAUUUUGCAUAUUUAGCGCAGUGGCCAAGACCCUCCCAGAAGAGAAAGAAUAUACAACAUUUUGCAUAUUUAGCGCAGUGGGCAAGACCCUCCCAGAAGAGAAAGAAUAUACAACAUUUUGCAUAUUUAUCGCAACCCUCCCAGAAGAGAAAGAAUAUACAUUUUGCAUAUUUAUCGCAGUGGGCAAGACCCUCCCAGAAAAGAAAGAAUAUACAACAUUUUGCAUAUUUAUCGCAGUGGGCAAGACCCUCCCAGAAGAGAAAGAAUAUACAAUAUUUUGCUUAUUUAGCGCAGUGGGCAAGACCCUCCCAGAAGAGAAAGAAUAUACAAUAUUUUGCAUAUUUAUCGCAGUGGGCAAGACCCUCCCAGAAGAGAAAGAAUAUACAACAUUUUGCAUAUUUAGCGCAGUGGGCAUGACCCUCCCAGAAGAGAAAGAAUAUACAAUAUUUUGCUUAUUUAGCGCAGUGGGCAAGACCCUCCCAGAAGAGAAAGAAUAUACAACAUUUUGCAUAUUUAGCGCAGUGGGCAAGAACCUCCCAGAAGAGAAAGAAUAUACAAUAUUUUGCAUAUUUAGCGCAGUGGGCAUGACCCUCCCAGAAGAGAAAGAAUAUACAACAUUUUGCAUAUUUAUCGCAGUGGGCAAGACCCUCCCAGAAGAGAAAGAAUAUACAACAUUUUGCAUAUUUAGCGCAGUGGGCAUGACCCUCCCAGAAGAGAAAGAAUAUACAACAUUUUGCUUAUUUAGCGCAGUGGGCAAGACCCUCCCAGAAGAGAAAGAAUAUACAACAUUUUGCUUAUUUGGCGCAGUGGGCAAGACCCUCCCAGAAGAGAAAGAAUAUACAACAUUUUGCAUAUUUAGCGCAGUGGGCAAGACCCUCACAGAAAAGAACGAAUAUACAACAUUUUGCAUAUUUAUCGCAGUGGGCAUGACCCUCCCAGAAGAGAAAGAAUAUACAACAUUUUGCAUAUUUAGCGCAGUGGGCAAGACCCUCCCAGAAGAGAAAGAAUUUACAACAUUUUGCAUAUUUAGCGCAGUGGGCAAGACCCUCCCAGAAGAGAAAGAAUAUACAACAUUUUGCAUAUUUAACGCAGUGGGCAAGACCCUCCCAGAAGAGAAAGAAUUUACAACAUUUUGCAUAUUUAUCGCAGUGGGCAAGACCCUCCCAGAAGAGAAAGAAUAUACAACAUUUUGCAUAUUUAGCGCAGUGGGCAUGACCCUCCCAGAAGAGAAAGAAUAUACAAUAUUUUGCUUAUUUAGCGCAGUGGGCAAGACCCUCCCAGAAGAGAAUGAAUAUACAACAUUUUGCUUAUUUGGCGCAGUGGGCAUGACCCUCCCAGAAGAGAAAGAAUAUACAACAUUUUGCAUAUUUAGCGCAGUGGGCAAGACCCUCCCAGAAGAGAAAGAAUAUACAACAUUUUGCAUAUUUAGCGCACGCAGUGGGCAAGACCCUCCCAGAAGAGAAAGAAUAUACAACAUUUUGCUUAUUUGGCGCAGUGGGCAAGACCCUCCCAGAAGAGAAAAAGAAUAUACAACAUUUUGCAUUUUUAGCGCAGUGGGCAAGACCCUCACAGAAAAGAACGAAUAUACAACAUUUUGCAUAUUUAUCGCAGUGGGCAAGACCCUCCCAGAAGAGAAAGAAUAUACAACAUUUUGCAUAUUUAGCGCAGUGGGCAUGACCCUCCCAGAAAAGAAAGAAUAUACAAUAUUUUGCAUAUUUAGCGCAGGGGGCAUGACCCUCCCAGAAGAGAAAGAAUAUACAACAUUUUGCAUAUUUAGCGCAGUGGGCAAGACCCUCCCAGAAGAGAAAGAAUAUACAACAUUUUGCAUAUUUAUCGCAGUGGGCAAGACCCUCCCAGAAGAGAAAGAAUAUACAACAUUUUGUUUAUUUUGUGCAGUGGGCAUGACCCUCCCAGAAGAGAAAGAAUAUACAACAUUUUGCAUAUUUAUCGCAGUGGGCAAGACCCUCCCAGAAGAAAAGAAUAUACAACAUUUUGCAUAUUUAGCGCACGCAGUGGGCAUGACCCUCCCAGAAGAGAAAGAAUAUACAACAUUUUGCUUAUUUAGCGCAGUGGGCAAGACCCUCCCAGAAGAAAAAUAUACAACAUUUUGCAUAUUUAGCGCAGUGGGCAUGACCCUCACAGAAGAGAAAGAAUAUACAACAUUUUGCAUAUUUAGCGCAGUGGGCAAGACCCUCCCAGAAGAAAAAGAAUAUACAACAUUUUGCAUAUUUAUCGCAGUGGGCAAGACCCUCCCAGAAGAGAAAGAAUAUACAACAUUUUGUUUAUUUUGCGCAGUGGGCAUGACCCUCCCAGAAGAGAAAGAAUAUACAACAUUUUGCAUAUUUAGCGCAGUGGGCAUGAUCCUCCCAGAAGAGAAAGAAUAUACAAUAUUUUGCUUAUUUAGCGCAGUGGGCAAGACCCUCCCAGAAGAGAAAGAAUAUACAACAUUUUGCUUAUUUGGCGCAGUGGGCAUGACCCUCCCAGAAGAGAAAGAAUAUACAAAAUUUUGCAUAUUUAUCGCAGUGGGCAAGACCCUCCCAGAAGAGAAAGAAUAUACAACAUUUUGCAUAUUUAGCGCAGUGGGCAUGACCCUCCCAGAAGAGAAAGAAUAUACAACAUUUUGCAUAUUUAGCGCACGCAGUGGGCAUGACCCUCCCAGAAGAGAAAGAAUAUACAACAUUUUGCAUAUUUAUCGCAGUGGGCAAGACCCUCCCAGAAGAGAAAAGAAUACAACCCUCCCAGAAGAGAAAGAAUAUACAACAUUUUGCAUAUUUAUUUAUACAACAUUUUGCAUAUUUAGCGCAGUGGGCAUGACCCUCCCAGAAGAGAAAGAAUAUACAACAUUUUGCAUAUUUAUCGCAGUGGGCAAGACCCUCCCAGAAGAGAAAGAAUAUACAUUUUGCAUAUUUAGCGCAGUGGUCAAGACCCUCACAGAAAAGAACGAAUAUACAACAUUUUGCAUAUUUAUCGCAGUGGGCAAGACCCUCCCAGAAGAGAAAGAAUAUACAACAUUUUGCAUAUUUAUCGCAGUGGGCAAGACCCUCCCAGAAGACAAAGAAUAUACAACAUUUUGCAUAUUUAGCGCAGUGGGCAUGACCCACAAUAUACAGAAGAGAAAAAGAAUAUACAACAUUUUGCAUACUUAUCGCAGUGGGCAAGACCCUCCCAGAAGAGAAAGAAUAUACAAAUAUUGCAUAUUUUGCUUAUUUAGCGCAGUGGGGGCAAGACCCUCCCAGAAGAGAAAAGAAUAUACAAUAUUUUGCUUAUUUAGCGCAGUGGGCAAGACCCUCCCAGAAGAGAAAGAAUAUACAAUAUAUUGCUUAUUUAUCGCAGUGGGCAAGACCCUCCCAGAAGAGAAAGAAUAUACAACAUUUUGCUUAUUUGGCGCAGUGGGCAAGACCCUCCCAGAAGAGAAAGAAUAUACAACAUUUUGCAUAUUUAUCGCAGUGGGCAAGACCCGCCCAGAAGAGAAGGAAUAUAAAACAUUUUGCUUAUUGAGCACAGUGGGCAAGGCCCUCCCAGAAGAGAAAGAAUAUACAACAUUUUGCAUAUUUAUCGCAGUGGGCAAGACCCUCCCAGAAGAGAAAGAAUAUACAACAUUUUGCUUAUUUAGCGCAGUGGGCAAGACCCUCCAAGAAGAGAAAGAAUAUACAACAUUUUGCAUAUUUAUCGCAGUGGGCAAGACCCUCCCAGUAGAGAAAGAAUAUACAACAUUUUGCAUAUUUAGCGCAGUGGGCAUGACCCUCCCUGAAGAGAAAGAAUAUACAACAUUUUGCAUAUUUAGCGCAGUGGGCAUGACCCUCCCAGAAGAGACAGAAUAUACAAUAUUUUGCUUAUUUAGCGCAGUGGGCAAGACCCUCCCAGAAGAGAAAGAAUAUACAACAUUUUGCUUAUUUGGCGCACGCAGUGGGCAUGACCCUAACAGAAGCGAAAGAAUAUACAACAUUUUGCAUAUUAUCGCAGUGGUCAAGACCCUCCCAGAAGAGAAAGAAUAUACAAUAUUUUGCUUAUUUAGCGCAGUGGGCAAGACCCUCCCAGAAGAGAAAGAAUAUACAAUAUUUUGCUUAUUUAGAGCAGUGGGCAAGACCCUCCCAGAAGAGAAAGAAUAUACAACAUUUCGCUUAUUUGGCGCAGUGGGUAAGGCCCUCCCAGAAGAGAAAGAAUAUACAACAUUUUGCAUAUUUAUCGCAGUGGGCAAGACCCUCCCAGAAGAGAAAGAAUAUACAACAUUUUGCAUAUUUAGCGCAGUGGGCAUGACCCUCCAGAAGAGAAAGAAUAUACAACAUUUUGCAUAUUUAGCGCAGUGGGCAAGACCCUCCCAGAAGAGAAGAAAAGAAUAUACAACAUUUUGCAUAUUUACCCUCCCAGAAGAGAAGUGGGCAAGACCCUCCCAGAAGAGAAAGAAUAUACAACAUUUUGCAUAUUUAGCGCACGCAGUGGGCAAGACCCUCCCAGAAGAGAAAGAAUAUACAACAUUUUGCAUAUUUAGCGCAGUGGGCAUGACCCUCCCAGAAGAGAAAGAAUAUGCAAUAUUUUAUUUAUUUAGCGCAGUGAGCAAGACCCUACCAGAAGAGAAAGAAUAUACAACAUUUUGCAUAUUUAUCGCAGUGGGCAAGACCCUCCCAGAAGAGAAAGAAUAUACAACAUUUUGUAUAUUUAAGGCAGUGGGCAUGACCCUCCCAGAAGAGAAAGAAUAUACAACAUUUUGCUUAUUUGGCGCAGUGGGCAAGACCCUCCCAGAAGAGAAAGAAUAUACAACAUUUUGCAUAUUUAGCGCAGUGUGCCAGACCCUCACAGAAAAGAACGAAUAUACAACAUUUUGCAUAUUUAUCGCAGUGGGCAAGACCCUCCCAGAUGAGAAAGAAUAUACAACAUUUUGCAUAUUUAUCGCAGUGGGCAUGACCCUCCCAGAAGAGAAAGAAUAUACAACAUUUUGCAUAUUUAUCGCACGCAGUGGGCAAGACACUCCCAGAAGAGAAAGAAUUUACAACAUUUUGCAUAUUUAUCGCAGUGGGCAAGACCUCCCAGAAGAGAAAGAAUAUACAACAUUUUGCAUAUUUAGCGCAGUGGGCAAGACCCUCCCAGAAGAGAAAGAAUAUACAACAUUUUGCAUAUUUAUCGCAGUGGGCAUGACCCUCCCAGAAGAGAAAGAAUAUACAACAUUUUGCAUAUUUAGCGCAGUGUGCCAGACCCUCACAGAAAAGAACGAAUAUACAACAUUUUGCAUAUUUAUCGCAGUGGGCAAGACCCUCCCAGAUGAGAAAGAAUAUACAACAUUUUGCAUAUUUAGCGCAGUGGGCAAGACCCUCCCAGAAGCGACAGAAUUUACAACAUUUUGCAUAUUUAGCGCAGUGGGCAAGACACUCCCAGAAGAGAAAGAAUAUACAACAUUUUGCAUAUUUAUCGCAGUGGGAAAGACCCUCCCAGAAGAGAAAGAAUAUACAACAUUUUGCAUAUUUAGCGCAGUGGGCAUGACCCUCCCAGAAGAGAAAGAAUAUACAAUAUUUUGCUUAUUUAGCGCAGUGGGCUAG